AAGGAAAGCACCUUCUACAAGAACUAGUAAGGAGUUGAGGAUGGGGCAGCUCAAAUCCAAGGUUAGUGGUGCAACCCUGGGUGCCAGCGUCUUGAACAGUGAAGAAGGGCCUCCAACAUACUCUUUACAUGGCAGAAGCACCGAAGGCAAUAAUAACCUCCAAGUUCCUCCUUCCAUCGUUGUCUCUGAUGAGGAUUCAAGUACAUCAGAGCAUCGGGGCUCAAGGACAGAGCUGCGCAGAUCUUCCCUCUACAGCACCAUAGACCUGGUGCCCCAGCUGGAGCAUUAUGCUGGUACCCUGCCACGCCAGCAGGCAAGGAGCAGACCUUCUCUUGAGGCUCUCCGUAAGGCAUUUGAGGAAGUGGAGGUCCGAGUGGAGGAAGCAUCCAUCUCAGACUCAGGCAGCUUGCAGGUGCCGUGUGAAGAGUCUCAGGACUCUAAGAAGAAAGCUCCUAUUAGAUUUGGCUGGAUAGUUGGAGUCAUGGUUCGCUGCAUGCUGAAUAUUUGGGGGGUCAUCGUGUUCCUCCGCCUGUCAUGGAUCACCUCUCAGGCAGGCAUUUUGCUGACAUGUCUUAUAAUCCUGAUGUCUGUGGUGGUGACCUCAGUUACUGCGCUCUCCAUCUCUGCCAUUGCCACCAAUGGAAGGGUGGUCUCAGGUGGGGCGUAUUUCAUGAUCUCUCGUACUCUGGGUCCUGAAAUUGGAGGACCCAUCGGGAUGGUCUUCUCCUUUGCUAAUGCUCUGGCUUGUGCACUCAACACAGUUGGCUUUGCAGAGGUGGUCCGAGAUCUAAUGCAGGAAUUUGGUGUGGUCAUGGUCGAUUCAAUCAACGAUGUCCGUAUCGUGGGUGUGAUCACUGUGACGGUUCUUCUGCUCAUUUCAUUGGCUGGGAUGGAGUGGGAGUCCAAGGCUCAAAUUUUAUUCUUCCUAGUUCUCCUGGUCUCCUUUGUAAACUACUUUGUGGGCACAGUAAUCCCUCCCAACAUUCAGAAACAAGCCUGGGGCAUCUUUGGAUACCGAGGAGAUAUUUUGAAAGAGAAUCUCACUCCAGACUGGAGAGGUUCUGAAGGCAGCUUUUUCCAGAUGUUUUCCAUUUUUUUUCCUGCCACCAUCGGCAUUCUGUCUGGAGCCAACAUCUCUGGAGAUCUGAAAGAUCCUGCUACUGCAAUCCCCAAAGGCACCCUGAUGGCAAUAUUUUGGACUACAGUGAGCUACUUGGGAAUUACUGUAACAAUUGGAGCAUGUGUGGUGCGGGACGCAUCUGGAAAUAUGACUGACAACUUUACUGGAAACAUUACUGACGGUUGUGUUGGACUGGGAUGUAAUCUGGGGUGGAACUUCACAGACUGCAUCCAGUCACAGUCUUGUCAGUACGGGCUGGCCAACAGUGUCAAGGUACUGGGGCAAGUUUCUGGAUUUUACUACCUGAUCACUGCUGGUGUAUUUGCAGCCAGCUUGUCUUCUGCUCUCGGAUUUCUUGUCUCCGCUCCUAAAGUCUUUCAGUGUCUUUGCAGAGACAAAAUAUACCCGUACAUUAUAUUCUUUGCAAAGGGUUAUGGGAAAAACGAUGAGCCCCUCCGAGCCUAUGUCCUCUGCUACUUCAUUGCAAUUGCCUUUAUUCUCAUUGCGGAGCUAAACACCAUCGCAGCCUUGAUCUCCAACUUCUUCCUGUGCUCCUACUGCCUCAUAAACUUCAGCUGCUUUCAUGCCUCCAUCACCAAUUCUCCUGGAUGGAGGCCUUCAUUUCACUACUACAGUAAAUGGACAGCUCUGUUUGGAGCAGUGAUCUCUGUGGUUCUCAUGUUCCUUUUCACCUGGUGGGCUGCUCUCAUCACCUUCUGUAUCAUCUUCUUUCUGUUUGGAUAUGUCAACUACAACAAACCAAAAAUAAACUGGGGUUCUUCGGUCCAGGCCGGCACAUACAACAUGGCUUUGUCAUACUCUGUGUCUCUGUCUGGUGUGGAGGAUCAUGUCAAGAAUUUCAGACCACAAUGCCUUGUUUUGACCGGGCCUCCAAACCAGCGACCUACACUGGUGGACUUUGUUGGCUCCUUUACUAAACACGUUAGCCUCAUGAUCUGUGGAGACAUCAUCAUGGAGCAGGACAGGAAGACGCGGCCGCAGGAUGCUACAGACGGGUUGGUUAAGUGGAUGAACAAGAGGAAGGUGCGAUCGUUUUACACUCCUUUUACAGCUGAAAGCCUCAGAACGGGAGCUCAUCACCUCCUACAGGCCUCUGGUCUUGGCAAACUGAAGCCCAAUAUGUUGGUGCUGGGCUUCAAGGCAAACUGGAAGGAGAGUGCUCCUGAAAGCAUUGAAGAUUAUAUCAACACCAUUAGUGAUACAUUUGACUCAAACUACUGUUUGUGCAUCUUGAGGAUGAUGGAUGGGCAGGAUGUUUCUGAUGAUUUAGAUUUUGAAGUAAACCAUGGUUUUGAGCCUGAUGAAUCUGUGGAAAAUGAUGAUCAUCAAACUAAUGAGGAGGAAGGAGCUGAUGACAUUUCUGAUGAAGGCAACAGUGAGCAGACCAAGACGGUGUUUCAGAAUCACCAGGGGAAGAAGACCAUCGAUGUGUACUGGAUAGCAGAUGAUGGAGGUUUGACUUUACUGGUGCCUUACCUGCUCACCAGGAGGAAACGCUGGCGCAGGUGUAAGGUCAGGGUUUUCAUUGUGGGAGAUGAACAAAACAUGGAGGAAGGACGCAAUGAGAUGAUUGCUCUGCUGAAGAGGUUCCGUCUGGAUUUUAAUGACGUUAUAGUCAUGACGGACAGUGACAGACACCCUCAAGCCAGGAACCUGAGCAGGUUUGUGGACAGUGUUGCCCCCUUCAGGCUGUAUGAUGAACAGCAAGAAGGAGUCUCAGUGCAGGAACUGAGACAAACAGCCCCAUGGAAAAUAUCUGAUGAAGUGUUUGAGUCCUUUAAACUCAAGUCUGAGAGGAAAGUAAGGCUGAAUGAAAUCAUCCGGAAGAACUCACAACAUACUGCUCUUGUGCUUGUGAGCCUCCCUGUGCCACACAGUGACUGCCCCAGUGCACUGUACAUGGCCUGGCUGGACAGUCUGACCUGUGGCCUUCACUGCCCUGCGGUGCUGAUACGAGGAAACCAGCAGAAUGUUCUCACUUUCUACUGCCAGUAAAAUCCCAGUCUGGUGGGAUGAAUGAGUCUGAUGUCACUUUAGUUGCUGAUAGAACUGAAACAGCAGCCACAUAUCUUUUUUUAUCUUUAGUGUGUCAACUGUUGAUUUAAUACAUUAUAUUUUAUUGUAAAGUAUUAUGAAUUUUCACAUUGCCUCUAGGAGUCGUUCGUUGGCAUGUACACUGGCUGUAAAACACAUUGAUUGUGCCUGAAAUAUUGU